AUGUCUUGCCAUCCAGGGGUCUCCUUCUCCGAACAACCUCUGGGCCUGAAGAAGACCGACUAUGCGCAGAAAAUCCCUGGCACACCACCCGCCCAUGUCACAAUAAGUCAAUACCCAAGUUCUUUCCGUCAUGAUAGACAGAAAGCGACUUUACUCGGGCAACUCAGGAGUAGCCGAUCAGCAGUUUCCAGCCACAAGGGGCCAAGGUAUCGCCUGUUGAAAGCACUCUACGGUUUUCAAAGGUAUCAGGAAGUAAAUGCCAAGGAAAUUGAGCGCUUAGAAGUCCUAUAUGCCAAUAUCCCCAGCGCGCAGCGUAAGUUCAUACAAUCAACACUAAACUACACUUACAACUUCUCCAAGGCGAGAGAGCUCUUCUCCUCAAACAGACAUCUCGUCGAUGAUAUAGUCCGGCUGGCUCUUGAGUAUUAUCGCAUUGGAGAAGAUGAGCUCACUUCCUUUGGCAGCAUGGUCGAAAAGGACAAAGAUCAUCGCAUGCAGCCUGAUCGGACCUCUAUCUCACAGGCUCUCAAGCAUAUCGUCAGAGACUGGUCAAUCGAUGGUCAACACGAACGACUUGCAACGUACCCUUGCAUCCUUGAGACUCUGAAGGAAAUCUUAUCCGGGGUCAUGGCUUUGGGAAGCGCCACUCCCGUGAAGGUGCUUCUUCCUGGUGCUGGCCUUAAUAGGCUGGCCCACGAGAUCUCUUUGUUCGGAAACCACCAAGUUGAAGUGACCACCAAUGAAUUUUCCCCUUACAUGAAUAUUGUGUACCAAUACCUUCUCAGUGUCCAUACUCCAUCCUCGCUUCACUUCUAUCCGUACCCUGACAACUGGUCGCACCAAGUCACUCUCUCUGAGCUACAUCGCGGCGUGUAUGCCCCCGACAUCCUUCCGUCGUCUUCAGACGUAGUCGUCAUUGAAGGAGAUUUUACCCAUAUUUUCAGACAUCCCGAAUGGCCAGGCAGUCAGGAUGUUCUCAUCACUCAUUUCUUCAUCGACACCGCUCGCAACUUUUUUCUGUAUAUCCAAACGAUUCACAAACUUCUGAGACCUGGAGGGAUUUGGAUAAAUCUGGGUCCGUUGUUGUGGAGUUACAACGCACAAUUGCAACUCUCACUGGAAGAGGUGGUCAAACUGAGCAGAGCAGUGGGAUUCGAGUUCCUGGAGACGGAUGGGAGAUGGGGCAACAAAACUGUGCAGGAGCUUACUGUGAGAAGUGUUCACGCACCGUACGGCUUCAAUCAUAGGACUUUGAGUCACAACGCAUACAAGGCGCAAUUCUGGGUGGCAUCGAAAAAGCAGGAGUAG